AUGGCCCACAUUCAACUUAAUCCUUCACUGCUUGGAACAUUGUCCGACAAGGUGGUGGUACUAACGGGAGGCGCAACUGGUAUCGGCCGAGCAACCAUACAACAACUAUGCAAGAACGGCGCCCACGUGGUCUUCGGUGAUGUCGUGGAAGAGGCGUCACGAAAACUCGAAACCGAGCUAAGCCCAAGUGCUCAAUUUGUGAAAUGCGAUUCAUCAAACUACUCUGAUCAACUGAAUCUGUUCAAAACUGCUUUUGAUCAAUACGGUCGAGUGGAUAUUGUCGUCGCCAAUGCUGGCAUUUCGAUCCCUCAAGAUAUUUUUGAUCCAACUAGCGAUGUUUCCCAAGAGCCUUCGAUGAGGGAAAUCGACAUCAAUCUGGUGGGAGCCGUCUUUAGCGCGCGUAUCGGCAUGCAUUACCUCCGUCGGAGUGGGGGUGGAGACCUCGUUCUUGUCAGCAGCAUUGCCGGGUGGAAGGAAUGUGGGGGCUUGGUCACUUAUACCGCGAGCAAGCACGGUGUCGUGGGGAUUAUGCGGGGCCUCCACUUGACGGCGACCCCAGAGAACAUCAGGGUCAAUGUUAUUUGUCCCUGGAUGACAAGAACUCGCAUGGUUCUUGGAAUCGAGAAGGGUUGGUACGAGCGGAACCUGCCUGUCAACGAACCAGAGGAUGUCGCGCGGUCAAUUUUGAUUUGUGCUACUGCAAACAGAGGCAGUGAUGGUCAGACUCAUUUAGGUGCUCGCCUGCCCUUUGCAGGAAAGAUGUUGCAUGUGGCUGGUGGAGAGAGUUACGAGAUAGAGGAUGAGCUGAAGAACCUGGAACCAUUUUGGUUGGGAACUGAGAACAGCAAGGUACUUGAAAAGGGACAGGCAUACUUGGCUUCAGCAGAGACGAGUUGGGAUACGACCAAGUCUAGUUAA